UUUACUUUUAUGAAUUCUAUAUGCUGAAAGGUGAUUUUAAUGAAUACAGAAUAAUACACAGUUCCAAUAGAAGCAUAAUAGAGGCACAUGUACUGAGCCAUAAUAGUAGUAUAGAAGCUAUGGACUCUGGAAUGAUGUUUCUAUAAUUUUGACUCCAUUUUUUAUUUUUGGCAUAGAUUAUUGUUUGAAAUUGAACAGGUUCUAAAUUUUAAUCCCUCAAAAAAUGAUUACAAAAACCUAUCUACCAAAAUACUCAUACAUUUCAUAAUUUAUCUGUCCAUAACAUUGCUUUCUUCCAUUCACCAUUUUAUAGUCAUAAAGAUACAACCUUCCCAGAGAAUGAGAAGAAACCAUCACCAAAGUAGAGAAAUAGGAUAAUAUGUUAAAAAGAUAAUAGAAGAUAACCUCUGUGAAAGUAUAAAGAAACAUUCUUGAUUCAAAUUUGUGUUGUUCCUUCUCCUACUCUUUGAAUUCAUUAUAUUUCUAUUGUAUCUCACUCAUAAUAAUAGUGUUGUUGAGACUGACAAAAACCCAGCUGCUUUAAACUAUCACUUGACUGAUCAUAUAUCACAGGGUUUAUAUAACUGUCUGAUGUAUUGGACCUUGAAAAGUCUCCUCCAUAUAGAGGUGUGCCUUUAAAUUCUACAUGACUGGAUUUAGGUAUUCCAGCCUUGGUAUCAUUGGCCUGAAUAAUAUUCACUCCAUGGUGUCUACUGUAACCAGAAUGAGAUGAAAUAUCUCCAUGUACAUUCCUAGAGUUUCUGAAGCUAUCUGCUGCCUGUUCAAGGUGGUGUCCCGGUCUAUGUGUACUGCCUGUUCCUGACAACCCAUGGGAAGAUACGGACUGCCUGUGGGUGGCUGUUUGCCCUUGAGGAGACCCCGAGUGCCUAGGGCUAUCUCCUGAUUGUCCAUGGGAGGAUGCAUGCGGAAGCGUUGAACUGGAUCCACUCCCCACACGGGUCGAGGAGGAUGGUCUACUUGAAUUUUCGCUGUCGCUGGCCUGACUGCUACUGGAGCCCCUUUGUCUGGUUGACCUGGAUCCCGAGGACGAUGGUCGGUGUCCAGUGCCCGAGUGUCUGCGGCUGUCAGACUGUCCUUCGCUGUCGCUGGCCUGACUGCUACUGGAGCCCCUUUGUCUGGUUGACCUGGAUCCCGAGGACGAUGGUCGGUGUCCAGUGCCCGAGUGUCUGCGGCUGUCAGACUGUCCUUCGCUGUCGCUGGCCUGACUGCUACUGGAGCCCCUUUGUCUGGUUGACCUGGAUCCCGAGGACGAUGGUCGGUGUCCAGUGCCCGAGUGUCUGCGGCUGUCAGACUGUCCUUCGCUGUCGCUGGCCUGACUGCUACUGGAGCCCCUUUGUCUGGUUGACCUGGAUCCCGAGGACGAUGGUCGGUGUCCAGUGCCCGAGUGUCUGCGGCUGUCAGACUGUCCUUCGCUGUCGCUGGCCUGACUGCUACUGGAGCCCCUUUGUCUGGUUGACCUGGAUCCCGAGGACGAUGGUCGGUGUCCAGUGCCCGAGUGUCUGCGGCUGUCAGACUGUCCUUCGCUGUCGCUGGCCUGACUGCUACUGGAGCCCCUUUGUCUGGUUGACCUGGAUCCCGAGGACGAUGGUCGGUGUCCAGUGCCCGAGUGUCUGCGGCUGUCAGACUGUCCUUCGCUGUCGCUGGCCUGACUGCUACUGGAGCCCCUUUGUCUGGUUGACCUGGAUCCCGAGGACGAUGGUCGGUGUCCAGUGCCCGAGUGUCUGCGGCUGUCAGACUGUCCUUCGCUGUCGCUGGCCUGACUGCUACUGGAGCCCCUUUGUCUGGUUGACCUGGAUCCCGAGGACGAUGGUCGGUGUCCAGUGCCCGAGUGUCUGCGGCUGUCAGGUGACUGCUCAUGCUGGGAUUGUGGUCUUCCUCUUGAGCUCGAUCCUGACUGCCCAUGGGAUGAGGCGUGGUGUCCCGCGGAGGAUGUCUGGGCAUGAUGUGAGCCUGUUUGUCUCGAGCUGUCUGCAGUCCGCCCAUGUGUAGGUCUCUGUCUUUUUU